AUGCUGCAGACCUGGUAUGCCGAUGGCUCUAGCUCAGGCGCAGCCGAGCCCGAAACAUUCACAGCUCCUGCAAAGGCAACCCCGGCGUUUAAAUCGACAGACACACCAGAUCAGAAUCUCUCAGGCAGUCUGUUCAACCCCUCCGAAGGGUACCUUCAGGGCUCGCAGUGGUCGACAUCCUUCGAGGGCAUGGCCACAGAGCCCUUCGAGACCCGUAUCGGCGAGAUCUUGAUGGCGCCCGUGGCUGAAAACGAAAUUGAGAUUAAGCCUGAUGGCUUGCUGUACUUGCCUGAGAUCAAAUACCGCCGCAUCCUCAACCGCGCUUUUGGUCCCGGCGGCUGGGGCCUGGUCCCCAGAGGCGCUCACUCGGUUGCCGGCCGCACGCUUUCGCGCGAAUACGCACUUAUCUGCUUGGGCGCACGCGGUGAGCAGGACUACUUUGAUGAGGGCGGUUUGGCGACAGCCACCGAAGGGUGCAAGUCGAACGCGUUGGUGCGCUGCUGCAAGGAUCUGGGUGUUGCCAGCGAGCUGUGGGACCCCGCGUUCAUUUCAAAGUUCAAGGCCAAGCAUUGCGCCGAGGAAUGGGUUACGCAUGCUGUCAAGGGCAACAAGAAGCGGAUGUGGCGCCUGAAGGAGCGCCAGUGGGAGUAUCCCUGGUCCAAGAAGUAA